AUGAAACCCUUUUCAUCUAUUUACAACACCACCACCACUAUGAUGACGACCACCGCAGGCGCCACCCCUCCUCCUAUUUCUACUACUACCAUUACAGCCAACGAUACUGUUCCAAACUUGGACGAUCUUACUACAGACACCAGAUCAUCACCAAGUAUAUCCUCAUCCGUCCCAAUAUGUUCAUUCGAUAAUAAAACGUUAGAUCAAGAAGCAGACAAGCAAAUUCUUGAAUGGGCGAGUAAAUUAGAAUUGGAGACUAUCGAACUACGAGAAAAAUCCACCAUAUUGAUUGAUAUUUUCAAUAAAAAGAAAGAUGAAUUAAACAAUUGCGUCAAAUUAUUGCGAAACUUAUUAAAUGGAAUCAAUCUACAGUCUAUUAGCAAGAUAUCUGAUGAAUUGGAUGUAUAUAGAAAUGAACAGAACGAUCAAUUUAAUGUAUUACAGCUUAAGAUUAUGAAUAUUGAGAAACAAAUAAUGCAUUUCACUAAACUUUUUCAAUCUCAACAAUCUAAUAAAAACAAAAACAAAAAGGCUGCUACUGAAGAUCAAGUUAGUUUGUCAAGCAAAAAAAUUGAAUGGAUAUGUACAAAUAUUAACGAUCAAUUGUCUCAAAUGACAUGUUUCAUGUCUUCAAUAUCGAGCGAACUGAACAAUGUCGUUAAAAGACAGAUAAAAUUAGAAGAAAGGCUAGAGCGCACUAAUAUCGAUAUAAUCACCUCUAUAAACUCAGCAACCACAAGUAGUAGCAAUUCGACAGCAUAUCUGGAUGGUAGAGGAAAGAGACUGAGAAUCGGUACAGAACAGCAGGUAAAUGCAAAGACAAACGGUAAAAUUAAUGGCGUACAAACUCCUGUUCUUUCACAAUCACAACAAACUUCAAUUAAUAAAGAGACUAUUGCAUCUAAAUUUUUAAUUCGCACUACCAAUACAACAUCUGGACCCAUAACAAGGGCACGUUCCAAAAGGUUAAGGGAAGAGUUGGAGAACGGAACAAUGACGACGAUGACAACGACAACGACUAUGACUACGGAGAUAAACAAAAAACAUCCCGUGAACAGCAACACAAAUAACGAAACUAAAAGACAUAGACAUAACAGAACAUUAAUACCUUGGGAAGAUAUAAAUAAAGAGUUAACAGUGCAGGAUCAAAAUAACAGAUGGACACCAACAAUCUAG